CCUGACCUAUUUUUAGCCGUUCUUUGGUUCAUUUCAUGUCAAUGCUCCUGAGAAAGCCAGAAAAGGCAAAACCAGCGGAAGCUGAUUUUUCCUCAUUCAUUUACUUACAUACUAAAAAACAAUGGAGACACGCUCUCAAGCCUUAGAGCCACCCAAACCCUCUUCCCCUAUAAUAACUCAGCCUCCACCAGAGAUUUCCACACACUGGCUUUCUCUUCCUCCUCACUCAAAGAAAAAUUAAUUCCAGUUUUUCUUUCCUUUUCACUCUUCUAGCUGCUAGCUUCUCGCUCACCAAACAAUAAUGUUCCCAGUAAACAAGACCAGAAGAGACACACGGAAAGUCGUCUACGGGCCGCCGCUGAAACAACUAAGGACGUUCCUCCGUCCUGUCGUUGGAUCCAGCUCCAGCCGCGGCUCGUCGCGUAGCCGUUCUGUCCAGCUGACAGACGACCUUAUUGAGUACAUCUUCACCCUUCUCCCCAUAAAAGCCGCUGUCAAAGCCGGCCUCGUGGCCAGAAGAUUCAGAGACUCCUGGCGUCUCGCGCGCAGGAUCCAUUUCGAGAAAGAGCUUGCCGAAGGGUACGACAACGACAAGUUGGAGACAAUACUGAACCAUGUUUUCGAAUCCCAUACGGGUGACGAGAUCAAAAGCUUCCGGCUCCACUUCGAUCCCAAUGCCCACGAGCUUCACUUGCCGGAAUGGGUAAGAAAAUGCAUCCAGAAACGGGUCCAGGAGCUGGAUCUCGACAUCUCCCAACCCAAACAGGACCCUUCUUUCCUUCUCCCUCCGCACUUCCUCGACGUGGAGAGCCUGAAAGUCUUGAAGCUCUCGUACUCGGUCUUUCAGCUCCCACCAGAACUCAAAGGCCUGUCCUUGCUCACAACUCUCGUUCUCCGGAGAGUUGACAUAACCCCGAUGAUCAUCCAAACUAUACUUGACCGGUGCGCCCUACUCGAAACCCUUGACAUGGAACGGUGUCACGGGUUUCGGCUUCUGAGAAUCCACGCUCAGAAGCAAACGAGGUUGAGGGUUUUGAAGGUGGGAAAUUGUCGGGCGGAGGUUCGGGUUAUUGAGAUUGAUGCCCCGAGUGUUGGAUCUCUUUAUUAUAAUGGAAAUAUUAGUAAUUUCCGCGUAAUUUCUCAAUCUUUGCUGUUUUUGAAAGAGGCCAUGCUCUAUUUCAAGCCCCUGAAAGGGAUCACAAACCCUUUGCAAGUUGAAAGACUUGCUUCUACUAUCUCGAAUAAUGUCGAGCUUCUCACCAUUACAAGUACAUUUCUUGAGGGUUUGUCUCCGCGAAUUGUUGACGGGGUUUUGAGAGAAAAACAGGUGAGCUUUCGCAAUUUGAAGGAGCUCCAGUUGAUAAUGGAGAAUCCUAGCUAUUGCAAUGCUGGCGACAUUGCUUCAUUUCUCAAAAAUUGUCCACACCUCGAGAAAUUAUUUAUCGAUGCGGAUGAGUUUACUUUUGAUGGCGGAGCUUUCUAUGAACUGCAUCAAAAGCCAUUACUGAACAAACACUCGGCCUUGUUCAAACACCUAAAGCUCAUCAAAAUUAUGGGUUUUAGGUUCCAACCUUGUCACCUCGAUUUGACGAGGUUUCUUUUGGGGAAAGCCAUGUCAUUGGAAUACAUGUUUCUUCUUCUCCCCAAGAGUUUCCGUUUCAGUAGGGCUCUGCGUCAGGAUAUGGACUUUUUCACCGAUGCUUUUCUCUCUUGGAAAUUAUCUCCCGACGCAGAAAUAUCUAUUGGUUUUGCUUGGGAGGACAAAAGCUUUGUUUAUCCGAAACAAUCGAGGAGUUGGUACUAA